CGCCCACGUUGGCGGAGGUCGCCGACCCCCGCCUACCGGGGUUACCGCCCCCCCGCUGACCGUGGACACCACCUCCGCCCGCGCUGACCCCGGACGUCACCAGCCGCGAAGUGCUGCUUCAGGUUUUUGCCCUUGCGACGUGCUUGGCAAUAAAUCCUCUUGGCGAUGAAGAGUGGGGGCUCUGGAGGUCUCGACCCAGAGAUGGCCAGGGCGGGCUGGCUUUGUUUUUUGCGUGGAUGAAAAGCGACUCACCGCCAGAAAUGAGGCCUGUUGCAUCUUCUCUGGUCCAGCUCCAGAGAACCUGAUGGUGUGGGCUUCCGAGAGAAGGCGGCAUGUUCACAGCCUCAUGCUUAUCUCGCUUUUCAUGAUUCUUAUCCCUGAUUAAGUAUAGAAGGGCAAGCUUUCAGCCUGCCUCCACUCCCUCAGGCGCACGAGCACCUGGGCCUCCUUCAUCAGGGGCGGAGAUGGCAUCAGUGGACUUCAAGACCUACGUGGAUCAGGCCUGCAGAGCUGCUGAGGAGUUUGUGAAUGUGUACUACACCACCAUGGACAAACGACGGCGCCUGCUGUCCCGCCUGUACAUGGGCACGGCCACCCUGGUGUGGAACGGAAACGCUGUGUCAGGACAAGAGUCCUUGAGUGAGUUUUUUGAAAUGUUACCUUCCAGUGAGUUCCAAAUCAACGUGGUAGACUGCCAGCCUGUCCAUGAUGAAGCCACCCCGAGCCAGACCACAGUCCUUGUUGUGAUCUGUGGAACAGUGAAGUUUGAAGGCAACAAACAACGGGAUUUUAACCAAAACUUCAUUCUGACUGCCCAGGCCUCACCCAGCAACACGGUGUGGAAGAUAGCAAGUGACUGCUUCCGGUUCCAAGACUGGGCCAGCUAGUAGGGCCAGGAAAGGCCUCUGUUGUAGCCCACCUCUGUAGGGAAAUGCACAUCUCAAAACGUGGGGACACAAGUUCCUUUCUCCUAUUCCAGGCCACACUGCCCUGGCUUAACUCUGCAAUUGCUGGAGUCCUGUGAGCCCCUUUCUGAGUGUAUUCUUGUUUGUCAUAGAUGCCUUUUCAAAGUAGUCAGCUUUUCUAUUUUUCUACUUGUCCGGUAGAGACCCUGGUUCUGGAAAUUCUGACAAAUAAAAUAGUACAAAUGUU